AGUACUUCUUGGCGACUAGUCCAGAUAGCAUGGAUGCACAUGAUUCUGUUGUUUUCCCCACUUUUGACCCACCUGACAUUCCUACUCACUUGGGUGGUGUUGGUCAUUGGGUUUCAAUAUUUCUUGACCUGAAGAAUUCAAGGUUCCAGCUUCUCAACUCCUACUAUGGACCAAACGAUGAUUGUGCGGUACGUCUGUUUCGGCGGAUGACUGAUAACAUCAAGAAGCUUUGGAACAAUGCCAACAACGACAGGGAGACACCCUUCAGUCCUCUUUCUAUUGACCAUUUCCCUUUGGAUUGGAUUGAUGUCCCCCAGCAAACCAACAAUAUCGACUGCGGAUUCUUCAUGCUUACGAAAGUUAAUUCGUUUCAUGAAGAGGUUCUUGCAAACUAUUCCCAUGAUAAUAUCGCAGAUAUCAGAAAGACGUGGUUGUACUCAAUUGCUUCUUCUAACCUAUUUGAAACAUACUUCCAAGGUCUGUUUGGCUACUAUACAUUGGACCCGUUGGACUUGACCGAUUACCACUACUCAUUCCUCGGGUCACAGGAAUACCAGCCUAGGGAGGAAUCGAUGAGUACAACUCUGAGAGAAGAUGAUAGCUCUUGAACCAUUAUUCCUUCCAAGUUGGGGAAGCAAGCUGUCAGUAUUUGUGCUGCUCCAAUUACCCCUUGCUCCAGGAAGGUUGGUGCAGUCGAAGCAGAUGUGAUUUCGUCGGAUGAUGAUUUUGAGAAGAAUGCUUACCCGAAGAAUGGUAAAUCUGCUGCUGGUACUAUUGUUGGGAGAGGUGGGAAGAAUGCUAUCAUCACUAGGAGGAAACCGAUAGUUGAGUCUGGCAACAUAACUUCCUCAAAGAGAGCAUCAAGAUUGCCUUUGAAGUGGUGUUCUGCUGUUGCUCCCCUAAAUAAAUACAUUUACCCUCAUCUAUCUGAGGCCCGGAGGUUGAGACAGUAUGUGCUUAGUGAAGAUGGUCUGAAGAAGUACUAUGAUUGAGUUUUCUUCUUC